GUCAUAGAACUGUUCAGGAGAAUCUGUUUCAUUGAUUCACGUAAAAAAUAACAGAUGAGAAUACAUAGUAAACUUCAGGAAGUAAUUAAUUCUGAUUUUUAGUGUUUUCAUUGUUCUUUUUAUGUGAUAUCGAUACAUUAGAAUCUCUUAAACAAUCCUGUGCCCUUGAUUUAUUUUCAUAAGACGUAAUUAUGCCAUAGUUAAUAUUUUUUAGCUGCAUUGUGUACAUGCGGGAGAUUUAGUUUGGGCGUUUACCGCUAUGCGUGAUACUGUUUCGUGGUCCAUAAACGGACCACGGAAAAAACUGGUGUGAUUACCGCUUUUUCUCGAUGGUAGGAACAAAACAAAGUCUCAUCGUGCUGUAAUUUUUAUUUUCCAUUAUUUCCUAUAUUGAUAUUACCUUGCGACUAUGGCGAGUUCUGUUAGUACAAAUCCAUCGACUUUAUUGCCUCUAGAGUUAGUUGACAAGUGUAUCGGUUCUCGGAUACAUAUUAUUAUGAAAAAUGAUAAGGAAAUCGUCGGCACUUUGUUGGGCUUCGACGACUUCGUAAAUAUGCUGCUCGAGGACGUGACGGAAAGCGAAGCAACCCCAGAAGGACGAAGAGUGACAAAGCUCGAUCAGAUUUUGCUCAACGGUAGCCAUAUCACGAUGCUUGUACCUGGUGGAGAAAUGCCUGAUACGUAAAGCUAUAUUCCCACGUUCUAUUUUGUAUAAUAAAAAUGUAAACGUUAAGUUAAUCGUCUGUAUAAUAAGAGAUUUAAGGUAUCUUAUAUUUAAUAUUACCAAGCAGAAUAAAUAUCACUGUGCUACAUCA